AUGGCUUAUCUAGCCGUCGGUCUGCUGCUGCAAACCGGACUGGUUCUGGCCACGAACUACGGCUACGUGGAGUGGUCGGACAGUGAAAAAGACGCGGAGCUCCGCACCAAGAAGCCCACAGUCCUAAGCUCUCCGAACAGCAGGGAGCCGCUCCACGCGCCCACCCUGCUCCCCCCCGCGGAGACCACCCAGCGCACCCUGGUGGCCCACAAGAUCGAGGAGGACCUGCCGCGCGUGGUGACCGCCUUCCUGCACAGCGGCGACCCGGCGGCUCUACGCGCCGUCAGCUGCUCGCGGAGCUACGAGCUGAGCGGCCUUCGGGGCGGCACGCGCAUCGCCUCGCACUACUCCCUGCACAGCGUGCUGGACACCCUCGCGCACGCCGCCAACUUCCUGAAUAGCGUCCUGCAGACAAACAGGUCGCGAGAGCACACCCUGCGCAGGGACAUCCACUGGUACCACGCGCUGGUCCGGAGCGUCCUCGAGGGGGACCCCAAAAUCCACCGCGCGGUGCUGACCUUCCAGCUUGACGGGCAGGCGACGGAGGGGCCGCACGUGUUCCUCCAGGCCACGCGGCGGGAAAAGCAGGUGGUUCUACAGGACCUUUCGGACGGGGGCCACCUGAGCAGCAGGAGCCCCGAGGCCGAGUGGUUCAACGAGUUCAGGGACCGGAAGAGACCCCGCGUGCAGAAGAGAGCCCAGGCAGUUUCAAGCGCGACGGCUGCCGGGACGCGAAGUUACUUCCUGGACAAGAGUCAGAUCCGGUGGUCCGCGCCGUACCUGGAGUGCGAGCACGGGGCGCUCGUGCCCUACUGGCUGCUCACCCUGUCAGCGGGAUUUUAUGGAUUAAGGGCCAACGCGCUCCCGGAGUUUAGGGGGGUGGUGCGGGUGGAUGUGAACCUCCAGGAGGUGGACAUCGACCAGUGCUCCAGCAGCGGCUGGUUUGCUGGGACCAACCGAUGUAACCUCACCAGUAUGGACUGCACUCCUAUCGAGGGCCAUGGGUUUGUGUUGGACAAAUACAAGUGUCAGUGCAGGAAGGGUUUCUACCACCCCAGCCGAGUGGCGCUCAACGGAUUUACAGGUAGGUCACAUUCGGCCCCGCCCAACAGAGAGGGCCCCUCCCCGGAGGUCUCGGGGGGCCGCUGCCUACCGUGCCGCGAGGGAUGCCCCUUCUGCCGCGACGACACGCCCUGCCUGGUGCAGCAGGCCGGGGGGCCGCGGCUGGCCCUGGCCACCGCCCAGGGCCUGGUGCUGGCGCUGGACCUGGCCUGCAUGCUGGUGGUCUACCACUUCAGGAGCAACAAGAGGAUCCGGACCUCCGGCCUCGUCCUGGUGGAGACCAUCCUGUUUGGGGCGCUGCUGCUCUACGCCCCGGUGCUGGUGCUGUUCCUGCAGCCCAGUGUGUUGGGCUGCAUCCUCCUCCGGUGGCUCCGCCUGCUGGGCUUCUCUGUCACCUACGGCACCAUCAUCCUCAAGAUCUACAGGGUCCUCAAGGUGUUCCUUUCCCGUACAGCCCAGAGGACCCCCUACAUGACCAGCUGGCGUGUGCUGCGUCUGCUGGGUCUGAUCCUGCUGGUGGUGCUGUGGUUCCUGGUGGCAUGGACCUCGGCCGUGUGCCAGAGCCCCUCCACCAUGACCCGGGCCCUGAUCUCAACCGGCCUCACCCCCCAGGGGCUCCAGUUCAGCAUGUGUCUGCUGGACCACUGGGAUUACAUGAUGGCUGUGGCCGAGUUCCUCUUCCUGCUGUGGGGUGUGUACCUGUGCCACGCCGUACGCACCGUGCCCUCCGCUUUCCACGAGCCGCGCUACCUGGCCGUCGCCGUCUACAACGAGCUGCUGCUCUCCAGCGCCUUCCACCUGGUCAGGUUCUCUCUGGCACCAGGUCUCCACCCUGAUUGGAUGCUGCUGCUUGUCUUUGGCCACACCCACCUGACAGUAUCCGUGACGCUAGGCCUGCUCCUUGUUCCCAAGUUCCUGUCCAAGGGGACCCAGGCCCGGGAUGACAUCGCCACAGAGGCCUACGAGGAGGAGCUGGACAUGGGCCGCUCGGGCUCCUACCUCAACAACAGCAUCACCUCGGCCUGGAGCGAGCACAGCCUGGACCCCGAGGACAUACGGGAUGAGCUGAAGAAGCUGUACGCCCAGCUGGAGGUGUACAAGAGGAAGAAGAUGCUGGCCAACAACCCCCACCUGCAGAAGAAGCGCAGCUCCAAGAAGGGGCUGGGCCGCUCUCUGAUGCGGCGCAUCACGGAGAUCCCUGAGAGCAUGCAGCACGUGCACCGCCAGGGGAGCCGCGACGACGAGCAGGGCAGCACCCGUAGCACGCUGAGGAGGAACCCCUUCGACCCCAACCACCAAGGCAAGUCAAAAGAGGAGUCCCUCAAAGCCAACCUGCAGGCCCUGAAGAAAUCCCUGAGCUACGACCAGGUGUGUGACCAGGACCCCGGCGGCCGUGACGGCUCCCGCACUCCGGGAGACAAGAUGACGCCCGCGGGCAGCGUCGCCGGCGAGGGCUCCCUCCUGGGCUCUCUGAUUGGCCGCGGGAGGCACGGCGGCAAGCGCUCGGCAGCGGUGUCGGUGGAGCAGCCGGCCAUGCCCCUCCCCCGGCUGGAGGCGGCCGAGUCCACAGAGUCGGUGCCGCUCUGCUGGAAGUCGGCCAGCGCCCAGAACCUGACCAACGACAAGAAGUCGUCCUUGGCCUCGUCGGCCUCCUCCUCGGGGGGGCAUCUGCGGACCUCCCUCAUGCAGAAGUCCCUGAGUGUGAUCGCCAGCGCCAAGGAGAAGAUGCCCGGCCUGGGGUGCAAGACGCACGGCGCCGAGGACGCGGGCCGCAAGGGCCUGAAGGGACGCAUGCUGUCGGAGGUGGACGAGAGCCCCGAACACGUCCCCAAGAUGAUCAUCAGCCAGUCGGUGGAGUACUCCAAGACCCCGCUGAAGAUGGGCAUCAUGAAGCAGCAGGUGAGCGGCAGCCAGCCGUCCAUCUGCUCGGAGCCGGGCCGCAACCUGUACGACCUGUCGGAGGUGUGUCCCUGGGACCAGGAGGAGGCCCAGACCCCCACCGAGGGGAAGGCCCAGAAGCACGUGUCCAUCGCCCCCGAGGUCCCCGGGGACCCGGCGGCCGCACGCAGGGGCAGCAACACGGGGAGCGUCAAGGGGAGCCGCUCCUCCUCCUCCUGGGCCCAGCGGGCGGGCCAGUCCCCCGCCAACCGGCGCCGUUGCUCCCGCGACAAGGGCGGCGAGAAGCGGGAGGAGGCGCGGGACGCGGGCAGGAAGCAGCCCCGCUCGCCGCGGUCGCCCCUCCCGCCGAAGCCUGGCGCCUCGCCCUGGGCCUUCGACGAGCCGCCGUCGCCGCCGCCGCCGCAGACCCCCGGCCUCGCGGGGGGGCUGGCGGUGGGGGGGAAGCAGGCGCUGAUGGACUCCAUCUCCCCCGACAGGAUCCGGCGCAAGAAGAGCGUGACGCCCACCGAUGGGAAGCCCAAGGCCAUCCACUCGGACCACUCCAAGUCCACGGGCAGCCUGCUGCAGCCCCCCUCCCUGAUGGUGGAGAUCUGCCCCUGGGACUACCACCACCCCGACACCGACACCGACGCCCCUGCCGCCCCUGCCGCCCCUGCCGCCCCCGCACCCCCGUCGCCGCAGCGGGAGAGGAGCUGUAAGAGCCCCACCACGCACGCCAAGCGCAAGCGCAAGGGAUCCUGCUCCUCCAACGCGUCGAGGGCCGAGCGGGAGAAGGGCCGGGAGAAGAGCAAGGAGAGGCGGGGCAGCUCCGCCAGCAAGCCCCCCGCGUCCGAGCGGCGGAGGGUCAGCCAGUCCUCCGAGGGGGGCGGCGGCCCGCGGCCGGGGCGGCGCCGGAGCUCCACGCGAGACGCGCGUGAGGCGGCGGCGGUGGUGGAGAUCAGGAGGGCGGAGGCAUGUCCCUGGGAGGCAGAGCAGCCGGCGCCAUCCCCCACCCAGAAUCAGACCGAAACCUCGCCGGAGAGGAAGAGGGCCGACUCGUCUCCGAGCGCCACAGAGCCCCCGGGGGGCAGCGGGGCCAAGAUGGCCGAUGUUUGUCCCUGGGAUUACGAGGAGGCGGACUCUGGGAGCCGGGUGUGA